GGCGGCCGUGACGUCACCCUGCGCGCGGCGGCAGAUUCGAAACUCCUCGGGCGCAGGCGCGAAUGGAGCAGGAAGGCCGCUCUGCUUGAGGGAAAAAGAGAGGGAGCCGCCGCCGCCGCCGGGAUGAAGCGCACCGUUCCGCGGAGCACCUUGAAGAGGCUGCUGAGCAAGCACAAGCCGCACUUGCGCAUGCGUGCCAACACCGACCUGCUGGUACAUUUGAAUUUCUUACUGUUUAUCCAUCGACUAGCUGUAGAAACCAGGACCAAUGCUAUUGCGGAAAAGAGCAAAACAAUUAAACCUCAACACGUUCGCUCUUCAGCAAAGAUUGUUUUAAAGAAGAGCCGAGGCUAAAGUCAAGAAGUAUUCCUUCAUCCCCUGGUUGAUUCUGUGUAAUUACUAACGUACAUGUGCUGAAGUUAAAAUAUCUGAAUUUUGUAUUUCUAUUUUUCAUAUUCAUAUUUUUUCAUAUUUUCAGCCAAAGUCAAUGCCAUUGUUACUUGCAGGAGCUUACUACUUACUUUUUAAUUAGGGCAAUGUAAUAGAACUGAUGUGUAUAGUUAAUACAAUAGACAAAUGCAAGUUUUAACCUUGUAAAGUGUUCGCUUUUUAUAAUGAUAAAGCAAGAUGCCUUCUAUGAGAACUAUUGCAAAUGUUAGAAGCCACUUUUAAUUCUCUAUAAAGUUACUUCUAGAAAAACAAAAUAUUUCUCUUUCUUUCUCUCAAUGAAUAUUUAUCAACAGGGUUGCUGUAAAUAUGCAUCUUUUCACUUGUUUAUAAAACUUUUUGGUUUUUGAGAUAAUUUUAAGUAACAUCGCAAAUAAAAUAUUACAGUUAAGCAAAUGUUCGAUGUAGGGGAUUCGAAUUGGGAAGCAGAACAAUUACAAAACAGUUUGUAAACAGAAUAUGAAAACAAAUGUUUCAGAACGGUUUAUAGCAAUAAAGCUCUGCACAUCUUCCCUCA